AUGAAUGGUGCUGACAUUAACUCCAAGAAUUACACAGGUAUGGUUCCUCUUUGCUAUGCUGUAGGAUAUAAUAAUAUUGAAAUUGCAGAACUUCUCAUCUCAAAUGGAGCAAACGUGAAUGAAAAAGAUAAUGAUGGCAAUUAUGUUAUUCAAUAUACUGAUGUUCUAAACAACAAAGAAAUGAUGGAACUUCUUAUUUCGCAUUUUGCAGAAACUAAUUCAAAAGCCAUGCAUGGAAUGACUGCCUUUCAUUUUGCAUGCCUUCAUAAUUUCACUCGAUUAAUAAAUUCUUUGAUUUCAAAAGGUGCAAAUAUUCACGCGAAAAAUGAUGAUGGAAUGACACCUCUUCAUUUGGCAGCAGCUAAAAAUUGUCAAGAAAUUGUUGAAAUAUUAAUCUCGGAAGGCGCCAAUAUAAAUGAAAAAGAUAAAUGUGGAGUCACAGCUCUGCAACUGGCAUCUCUAAACAACAGUAAAGAAACCUUAGAGAUCUUAAUUUCGCAUGGUGCAGAAAUUAAUGCUAAAGAUAAUAAUGGAAAGACUGCUCUUCAAUAUGCGGUAGAGAAAAAUAGAAAAGAAGCUAUAGAAAUUCUAAUUUUGCAUGGUGCAGAAAUUAAUGCUAAAGAUAAUGACGGAUUAACGGCACUUCAAUAUGCAUCUAAGAAUGACAAUAAAGAAGCCUUAAAAAUUCUACUUUUACAUGGUGCAAACAAUAACGAAGAAAAUAAUGACGAAUCUACCGGUUUGGAUAAAAAACCUUGA